AUGGUGGAAGAACAGAAGAAGCCACACCACAAUGAGGCUGGUUAUCAGAAGACUGAAAGAGGAGAACCAAUCAGACUAUUUGGAGAAACUGAUUAUGAUGUUUUUCAAUGUUGAAGAAAAAUAGAGAUCCUCACACCAAAAGUUAACAAGAGAUUGAGGAAUAAUCUCAAAGCAACUUUGGAUAAGUUUGAUCAGCAAUACCUCAAUGAACUUGUGGGUGGUCAGGAAUCUGGAGAGGAAGAUACACAGAAGGAUUUGAAAGUUCAUGAAGAAAACACCACAAUAGAAGAGUUAGAGGCAUUGGGAGAAUCUUUAGGAAAAACUGAUGAUCAUAAAGUCAUGAACAUCAUUACCAAAUUCCUUACAUUCCAAGUUGCCAGGGCUAGUGACGCUAAUCUUCAGAUGGCCCCUGGAAAUGACGCUUGGCCCAUUGAUAUCACUAUGGUUGGUAUCCAUGCCAGAACGGGUAGGGAAAAAAUUUUCUCCAACUACAUUGCACAUAUUUUAAAUGAUGAAACACAGAGGAAAUAUAAUCAGGGAUUGAAGAGUUUAAUGACCAUUUGCCAGAAGCACUUGGUUAUAGGUCUUCACUUGUCAUGA